AUGGGUCGUUCUUUUUUUUGUAAAUUGCUUGAUGAUGACUCAGAUGAUGAUGAGAUAAUUAUAAAACUUCUUAUGGGUGAGACAUCACAACGUAAGCGUCGUCGGUAUAUCGACCGUAACCAUUUGGCAGGCCAUAAACGGCUUUAUGAUGACUACUUUGCUGAAGAACCUGUAUAUCCUCCCAAAGUAUUUCGAAGGAGAUUUCGAAUGAGACGUUCUCUUUUUCUCCGAAUCCUAUCUAAAGUAGAAGCUCACGAACCUUAUUUUAUCCAAAAAAGAAAUAAUGCCAAAAAGCUUGGUCUAUCUCCCCUUCAAAAGAUGAUCGCUGCACUUAGGAUGCUUGCUUAUGGAGUAACAGCUGAUUUUUUGGAUGAAUAUGUGAGAAUAGCCGAAAGCACUGCAAUGAUGAGUCUGAAAAAAUUUGUUGCAGCAGUGGUUGCUAUUUUCUCAGAGCAAUACUUGAGGUCACCAAACAAUGAAGACAUCGCUAGAUUGUUAGCUCAUAGCCAAAACCGUGGAUUUCCAGGCAUGUUGGGAAGUAUUGAUUGCAUGCAUUGGAAAUGGAAAAAUUGUCCAACUGCAUGGAAAGAGAUAUUACCUGGGUCCAAUAAUGAUAUUAACGUGUUGGACCGGUCUCAUUUAUUUUCUGAGCUUGCACAAGGACGUGCUCCUGCAGUUAAUUACUCAGUUAAUGGUCAUGAUUACACAAUAGGAUACUAUCUUGCUGAUGAUAUAUAUCCAAAAUGGUCAACAUUUGUGAAGACAAUCUCAUUUCCACUAGGAGAUAAAAGAAAAUUAUUUGCAAAAACUCAGGAGGCAUAUAGGAAGGACGUAGAGCGUGCAUUUGGAGUGCUUCAAGCGCGAUUUGCAAUUGUACGUGGACCUGCACGGUUUUUCUAUGAAGAAACACUUCAUGACAUUAUGAAAGCAUGCAUAAUUCUUCAUAACAUGAUUAUUGAAGAUGAGCGUGAUGAAGCUGAAGCAGUGGACUUCAAUUAUGAACAAAUUGAUGAGAUUUCAUGUACACCAAUGUCACGUGAGCGGACAAAUGAAUUUUCGGAGUUCAUUCAAGUUCAUCAACGCAUUAUGGAUAAAGAAGUUCAUUCUCAACUCCAAAAGAAUCUUGUUGAUCAUUUAUGGCAAUUAGAAGGAGAGUUGUGA